UGAAUUGAUAAGGAAUGCUACGCUUUGAAUGUAAACGGAGCAAAAUUGAAUUUAUUUUAUUAUUUGUUGUGAUUCACGUUGAAUAGCUUCCAUACUCUUCAACGCUUCGAUACAAGACAAGUAUUUGUGUUUUACGCGAAUAGUUUAAAUUUUCAGUUUAAAUGUUCAAAUAAAUAGAGAGUUGAACGCAAAGACUCUUGGCUAAACGAAAUUGGAAUUUAUGUGAAAUUUAAAUAAACAAAUAAGAAAAGAACAUCGCUUGGACAUUGGUUCGGUUACAGACAGACAUUCGAAUUAAAAUUAAAUGUACUGAUGUGUGUACAGUACUCUGAAGUGGAAUAACAUUUACAAUAAAAAUAAUUUAUCGAAAAUGGUUCAUUAAAUAUUUUGAUUCAAUUUGAAUUAAAUAAAAAUAAAAAAAAACGGAUGAUGCCGUUCAUCAGUGUGCCAACAACUAAAUAAAUAUCAUCGCCACGCAAAGGCCGACCUAAAACUAGAUCGAAAAGUUUGGAUUAUAGCAGAAGAAAAAAGUUUUCGUUCGGUUUCGUAAGGCACAAUGUUUCGUUUUAAAAAACAUAAACCGAAAACGGAAAUAAUUUCAUCAUCUCAAGAUGUUACCAGUACCAAAGAUUGCAAAAAAUUAAUAUUGGAUAAUGUGAGAUGGGAGAGGAGACUCCAGAAAGAACUGAUGUCAUUAAUAAAGGAACCUCCACCAGGCGUUCAGGUUGAUACGGAAAGUGUAGGACAAAAUUUGACACAAUGGAAAAUUCAUAUGGCCGGAGUCGCUGGAACGUUAUACGAAGGGGAAAAUUUUCAAUUACUUUUUAAAUUUAACAAUAAAUAUCCUUUCGACUCACCGGAGGUAACAUUCGUAGGUCCUAAUAUUCCCGUUCAUCCGCAUGUUUAUUCAAAUGGCCAUAUCUGCCUGUCUAUCCUAACGGAAGAUUGGACACCCGCACUAUCUGUCCAAUCGGUAUGUCUAAGUAUAUCAUCAAUGCUGAGCAGUUGUCGAGAGAAGAAACGACCACCAGACAAUACGCUUUACGUUAAAACUUGCAAUAAGAAUCCGAAGAAAACAAAAUGGUGGUACCACGACGAUUCCGUAUAAUUUAUGAUAGACAAACGCAAAAUGACAUCAAAAUUCAAUAAUUCAAUUUUCACAUAAUACGCCAAUCAGCAAUUUUCAUGUGUCGAUCCAGAUUGGUUUGAGGAGGCCAUAAAAUACGCGGAUGAUGGAAGAAAAAAUUGGAAAAGCUUCGGAUCGGAAUUUCAAAUUUCUCUUUUCAUUUUUUGUUUGUUUGUUAAAUUGUUUGGUGUUUUUCUAAAAUAUGCGGUGAGAAUGAAGUAGUAGAUGAAAGGCAAACACUUCGUUUAAGUGGAGAAUGAGAAAAGCUACUGUUUUUGCACGUGAAAAUAGCAUCUUAAAAAGGUUGUCAUUAAGAAUUAAGUAGACGCAUGCAGAUAUAAGAAAGUUCCAGCAAUAGGCUUUAACCUGUUACUGACGGCUCGCAUUGGUUAUCGAUAACGGUUUCAGAAAAAUAAACGUCAAGCUAUGACUAAUUGCGGUCUUAUACAGCAAAAAAUUAUGUUCAAAUCAAUGAAGUAAAAGAUUUGAAAUCUUUUGAAAAUACUUAAAUCAAAUGAAGUAAUAGAUCCGAUAGCUGGCCGUCGGUGAGAGGUUAAAACAAACCGAAAAACUUGCAAUCAAUUUCAAUUUCGUAUAUUUACUGGUAAACACAGAAAAAUUAAACUUUAGACCGUGUCAUUGGUCUUAGUACUUAAAACGUAGAGAACGCAACGCAUAACUGUAGGAGGUAUCAUCACCAAUGCUAAUUUAGAUAGUUAACGAAAUUUGAUCAAUUUAAUCUUUGAGGAACGACUUAAUCAUAAGUUAUCGACGGCAAUGAUCUCCGCGGUUAGUGUGGUCGUUAUAUCAAAAAGGAUGUUUUUAAACAAACGAAGUAAAAGAUUUUUUUUUCCCUAUCAAUGAAGUAACAGAUUCAAUUGAUUAUGAUGGCAUUAAGCUUGUCGUUUUUAAAAGAUUUUCAAAAAAAAAUAUUCAGCAGAAAAUUCGAAAAUUCAACUUACAAAACCAAUUGGUAAUUACAUUCCACAUCAAAAAGAAAAAAAAAUAUUUCAAAUUUGGAUAGGACGAAGGUUUUAGUUUUUUGUUUUUAUUUAUUUUUUAUCGAAAAGCGGAAUUAUUUUUAAUUAAA